CUCAACCGUUCGGAUAUUUUGAAUUUACUGAGUGUUGAUUUAAGAUCAACUUUUUGUAAGUGUUGGGAAAAUCCAUAAAAAAAGUUGUUUUGUUUGAUAAAGUUUUUUUUUAGAAAAAAGGAGGAAAGUGAAAACAAGAAAAAAAAGAAGCAAAAAAUAUCAAAGUUAUUUAAUGGUUUUUUCUAAUGAAAUUAUGAAAAUUGUAUGAAAAAAGUGACUUAAGCUCUUUUGAUAGCUUAAAUAAAAAAAAGAAGCUUUUGUUGAUUGUGCUUGAUGGUGUGUGUAUAGGAAAACAGUUGGAUUAAUAAGCGGCGAUGCGAUAAAAAACACUUGGUUGGGAUUAAUCUUAUAUACACAUAGUAUUUCGCAUAUCCUCAUCAUUGUCUGGCAUACAGAGCAAGUGAUUCUUUGCCAUAUAAUAUUAUAAGAAGGUUACACUGGCAUUACAUGUACAUAAUCAAUAAUGCUGAUAACGUACAACGAUUAAAUUAAAUUCAGUGCGCUUCCCAUACACGUCGAAAUGGCAGUUCCGGUUGAAGAAGCAGUGCUCCAUGCUUUACGAGGGCACCUGAGCGAAAAUACAAAAUUGCCAGCUCCUUUAAUCAUUAAAGUCUAUGUGGCUGCUUUAAAGAAGGAUUUCCGUGAAGAGCGUAAAGUUCUGCUGGAACUGAUUGGACCAGAAUUGCAAUCCAUGUACGAUGAUCGACAAAUUGAAGUGGAAAUUAUUGACAUGCACUUUGGCACCGGUCCGGAAGAAAUGGAAACGAUGUCAGAAUUAGACCCUUAUGUUAUUGAUGAUCAUUUACAAGAGAUUGAGAUUUGUAGUAGAGUAUCGAAGAGCGUGUUUUUUAUUGCUUUGGUUGGUGAUAAUGUAGGUAAAACGAAAAUUCCAACUAAACUGGAUGCAGAAGUAUUCAAUGCUCUAUUGGAACAUGCAAGCAGUGAAAAUAAAACUAUUUUUAAUGACUGGUAUACGAAAACCAGCAAUCCGAAUACAAAUGAUUAUGAACUGAGACAGGAUUACAGAAACGAAAACCAACAACUGUGGUUGAGAAAGGCUGAUAAUUUACGCAAUGCAAUAGUUUGUACUUCAAAUCAAAUACUUCAAUCAAUGCAACAUAAGCAACAAUUAUGUGAUAAAAUAGUAUCAAUCAAGUGUACAACACUGGAAUUAGAGAUCAAUAAGGCAUUGGAAUACUCAUCGAAAAAUAUAUUAGCCGUAUUUCGAGAAUGGUCAAAUGAUCCAUCCGAACGAAUAAACAAGGAAUCGCGUGACCGUACACAACAAAUUAAAAAGCGCUUGACUUCAUGUCUGCCACCAGAAAAUCAUGCAACCUUAACUGUACCCGGUGAACCCUGUACUAUUGAUUCAGAUAAUGACCAACAUGAAACAUAUUUAGGCGAAUUUAAAAGCAUGGUUCUGGCAAAAAUGAGAAAUUCCGUUGAUAAAGACUUGGUAAACGAUCCAGAUGUAAUAAAAGGACGAAAGAAAACCGUUCAGGAAAUCUUCCAUGAACAUUCAACUCAUUUACGUUUUCUCAACGAAAACAAACAAUUAAAAAGCCUUUUAUCGUCCCAUGUACCGGAAAAGAUUCGUUCAAAUAUAAUUCAAAGUUAUCGAUCUUGUUCCCGGCAUGCACCCUACUUUAUUUAUGGUGACCAUGGAAGCGGAAAAAGCAGUUUAAUCGCCGAAUUAUAUACAAAUGUAACGAAAUGGAUUGAAAAUGUAAAGGUUCAUCGUGUGAUAAGAUUUGCGGCUGCUACUCCACGAUCCGCGUACAAUUUAGAAUUACUACGGGUUAUUUGUCAGCAAAUUUCAAUUAUAUUCAACAUUCCAGAAGGUUAUUUACCGAAAGAUGCAUCAUUUGAUCCGCUCUAUAUAAACAAUUGGUUUCAAAACUUAAUGAGACGUUGCGAAGACCUACAGAACGAAGUUUUAUUUCUAUUCAUCGAUGAUCUGCACAAAUUGAAUCCAUUGGACUGUGAUAUUGUUGCAGCUCUAUCAUGGCUGCCCAUCAGUUUGCCAUGGAAUGUGUAUUUGAUUUGUUCAACCAAAGUCCCGAUUGAAUCGUUAAGAUUAACGCCAAUACAGAAAGAGCGAUUUAAAAGUGCCGACUGUUUGUAUGGACUUUCACUGGACGGAAAUAAAACGAUUUUAAAUGUGGAUAGUCCGAAUGAAACGUUUUAUGAUUACGUAACGAGAAAAUUUGAUGAAUUGGAAAUUAGGUUUGGUGUCAAAGCCGUUGGUCGGCUGGCUACCUAUAUUACAUGUUCAGAGUAUGGUCUCACCGAAACGGAAUUACUGGAACUGCUGAUGCCCAUUCAGAAUAGCGAAGCGCUAAUCAAGACAUCGGAGGGAUUUUUUAACUUUUCAUCAUUUCGUUGCAUUCGGAAUAGACUUGCACCGCUGAUUCGAGAGAAACUGAUGUCUGGCAAAGUUUUAAUACAAUGGAGACAUUCCUUAUGCGCUGAUAUAUCAAAGUCUAGGUACAUGGAUCCAGAUGGAACACGUGCUGUGCAUACCGAAAUCGCAAAUAUCUUCUUCAAUCAAGAUGCAGACGACAGUGAUGACACCUCAACUGUUAACAGUGAACAUUCUGAUGAUGCCAGUACAGCCAAAACAGGAGACGAUGUAUCAUACAGUAUUCGACAUGUGGAAGAAUCAUGGCAUCAUCUAAUGAAAUCGGAGGAUACCGCAAAGUUCAAAAAAAUCGCUGUGUGCAAUUUCGAUUUUCUACUGGCUGCGGUGCAAACUGUUUCAAUCAGCUAUUUGCGAUGUUUAAUAGAGCACGUACGCUGCUAUAUACUCGACAGAGAUAUUGAGCUGAUCUAUUACACUAUACGGAAAUCGAGCGAUGUUUUAACGAGAGAUCCGAUGCAAUUGGGUGCACAGCUUAUAUCAUGGUUGAGACCAAUUUCCGACCACGAUGAAAAUGAUAAUUCAUUACUAAGCAUCACCGUUCGGUCUGCAACAGCAUGGUGCGAUGGCUAUACGGUACCGUUGCUGGUCCCCUUAACUGGUUGGCUGCCGGUGCCAUUGCCAUCACAAAUCCGAACGAUGACGAUUUCGGGUCCGGGUCCCAUUAGGUGUAUCGUUGUUGCUCCAUCCAAGCAGCAUUUGGUGAUAGCACCGAAAACUGGCGACGCGCAAUUAUGGCACAUCAUGAGUAAUAGCUUAGUGCAUACAUUUAAGGGUCACAGUGGAAAUGUCACAUGCUUGUCAGUACCACGGCAGUCGCAAUAUCUCAUAACUGGAUCAGAAGACACGUCUGUUAUUCUGUGGGAUAUGAAAGCGUUAACGUUGAAAUGGAGAGUGCAAGAGCAUACGGCUGGUGUACUGUGCGUUACAAGUUCAACAAAUAACUCAUUAAUCAUAAGUGGAGGAGAUGACUCGAACAUUAUUAUAUCAGCAGCAGCGACUGGGAAAUUGGUUGAAAAAAUAAAACAUCAUCGGGGUUCAGUAACUGCGCUUCAAGUGAGCACCGCAAGCGAUGUUCUAGUUUCAUCGAGUCUUGACACAACGAUUUGUCUUUGGUCAUUAGAAAAUUUUUGUUUACUCAACACAAUCCAGUUAAAUGGUCCAAUUUUUAAUAUACAAAUAUCCAGUGAUUCGGUGUUUUUAUUAGCUCACUGCGGAGACAAUGGGCUUUAUUUGCGAACGCUAGCAACUGGGACCGAAUUACACUGUUUAAAAGGUCAUAAAUCUAAGGUAAAAACAAUGGCAAUUGCAAUGGAUAGCCAACGUGCAAUAAUUGGAUGUGAAGAUACCCGUGCGCUAAUAUUCGAUAUGCAUUCGGGUAGAUUAAUAAGGUCACUGCCUCCGAAUCCGGGACCAGUAACUGCUCUAUUUGUAUUAGAAAAUGACGAUUUUUUGAUAACAGCUGGUGGCAAUAAGAUCACAUUUUAUUCAUUUCGCAACGAAGAACCACCCAAACAUUUAAAACAUAAUCCGAAGGGCAAACCAAUGCGACAGCUUUCGCUAUCGAAACGGGCUCUCAUCAAUGCAGCUAACAUACAGCCAGCAACGUGCUUCGACAUCUCCAGAGAUUCACAAUUAGCAGCGGUCGCAACCAGUAAAAGUGUUCAAAUCUGGCAAAUAAAUUCACCUCAGCUGCAGACUACUUUCGAUGUGCACACAGGAACGGUGACUUGUGUUAGCUUUUCGCCGAACGGGGAAUUUGUGGCGUCUGGUGCUGAGGAUAAGACUGUUAUUUGUUUGGGACUUACAUUGGGACUGAUUGUUACUACUUUCAAGGGUCAUAAUGCAGCUGUUAGUUGUGUUGUGGUAAUGAUGGAUUCUCGACGUGUUAUAUCGGCUGAUAGAGAUGGUCUUUUGUGUGUUUGGAUGGCUGAUUCAGCGACAUUGUUACAAACUAUUCAAGGACCACACAAAUCCAUUGCUGUUACAAACAACAUGAAAUUUGCUGUGUGCACAAACGGCGACAACUUCUUAAAAAUUUGGUCACUCACCAGAGAAGACGAAAAAUUUUCCGUGUCCCACGCAGACGAAAUUACGUGCUUUGUGAUAACGACUGAUUCAUUGUUCAUUAUAACCGGCUCACGGGACAUGUCUCUGAAGGUGUGGCAAGCGACUGGAGGCAAACUUGCUCAAGUGCUCGUCGGACAUAGUGACGCUGUCACAUGUGUGGCCGUUUCUGUGACAAAUAAAACCCAAGUAAUAUCGGGCUCGAAAGACUGCAAUUUAAUUGUAUGGGACAUCCAUACCGGUGAGGAAUUGCAUACAUUGGCUGGUCAUCUGGCUCAAGUAACUUGUGUUAAAGUUUCGGCGGAUGGAACAACUGCCGUGUCUGGUAGUGACGAUAAAGUUUUGAUUGUGUGGGAAACUAAGCGGGGAUUGGCUCUGACGUCGCUACAAUUGCAUGUCUCGUUCAUCAGAUUUGAUAUAAGCAUCGAAUGUUCAAGAAUUAUGGUCCAUUUAGUUGAUAGUCCGAUUCUUCCAGUAAUAUGCUUGCAUAAUACACCAGCUAGCUACGUGAAACUGCCAACGUAUUCGGCUCCAGUCGAAGAUCUUCGACCCGCUGGACCAAAACGAACAAUGCGACGUCUGUUGAAAAAAGAGGUAUCACUCGACACAUACACUUGGCAGAAAAAGUACGGUCAUUUAACGUCUUCCGUAAUGAUGGCUCAAGUGGACGAACGAUUGAAACGACGUUUCUCGGUGUCGGCUAGCAUGGAAGAGAUUUCCAAAAUUGCAGAAAUGAAAUCAUUGGCGUCUCAAACGAGUUUGGGCCCUGAACAAGCUGCAUUAGCCCAAUCCCAGCAUUUCGAUCAGUUGGAAGCACUAUGGAACAAGCGAUCACCGCCACGGCGAAGACACAAUUCGUCACUUUCCCGACAAUCAUCACUAGUUGAAGAUCGUAUCGACGAUUCGGAUGAGGAUGAAUUCCAAGAAGAACGUUCAGGUAUGUGUAGUACUUGUCAAUAUCGCACCAAAUCACGUCCAACUAGUGCCCUGAGUGUGACUCAUUUCGAUUGUGUACAACCUGACUUGAUUCAUGAAAUUUUGGCCAUGAAUUCAUCCAUCGCCAAAAAUAAGCGUACCGAUACCAGCGACGACGAUAUCGGAGACGAUAAUGUCUUUGAAGCGGCUGUAGAACAUGUUUCAAUGAAUUCAUCGAAAUCCGAAAAAACUCCUCACAGCCGACGACUGACCAAGUCGUGCAUAACACAAUAACCUUUGUCCUUAUUGUAUUUUGUUGGUUUCACGUUCAAAUCUUUUUUACUGGAAACUUUUCAUUCAAAUGUUUGUAGUUUGUGUUAAGUAUGUUUCAUAUAUUUUGUAGUUACUAACUAAAGAAUUUUCAUUACCUUUAUGUUGUUAAGUUUAAAUUUUAUUUAUU